UCGUGCGCAGCAGGUUAGUCUGCAGCACCGCUGAGCUGUCGCGGAUGGUGCAGUUGAUGUAGGUGAAUGCUGGAAUGGCGGCCUCCAGCUCGGUCACGUAGUAUCGUCUUAUGUUCGCUGGCAACACAGAAUGGGCGGCUUUAGGGCGAGCGCGGUUUUACUCGUCGUCUCCUUGGUUACCACGAGGGUGAGCGCGGAUGCUGAACUUCAAAGAAAUGGUGAUUCUUCAAAACACGUCCCUGGGGAAGAGAGUAAUGAAUUGGAAAUUACGAUCAGUGAUGUUGAACUCGAAGGAAGGGAUGAGCAAACUAAUAGAAAAAUACAGUUCCCAACAGCAGAAAUUGCUGAUGCUGUUCUAGGAACUGGGAUUCCUUCCAAUCAAGAAGCAAUAUUGUCUUUUGUUCAGAAUAUUAAAAAUGAGCGCUCUGUUUUUGAAGUCAAAGAUACGCAUUGCACUGACGUGAAUGGAGAAAAUGUAGAAUGUAGUGAUUCAGAUGAGGUAUUUCCCUCCCUUACAUAUCUCCCAUCUGGUAAUCAGGAGGGAGAACUAACAAAGAGAGAAACUGGCAUUCUUGAAUCUGUGCAAGUUGAGAAUCGAGCAGCAGAAGAAGGAAAUACAACUGAAACAACCAGACCACCGAAAGUUAACUGUGAAGAAAGAAAUACAACUGGAUUAGAGAACCUUGUUGUCCAAAUUCUUAAUAGUUCACAAGACCUGAUGGAUUUCCUGAAUGCCAAUGGCACUGAUUGCUCUGUAGUUCUCUUCUACACACCAUGGUGCCGGUUCUCUGCAGACCUUGGUCCACAUUUCAAUGCACUGCCGAGGGCUUUCCCAUCACUACAGUUUCUGGCUUUGGAUGCAUCACAGCACAGCAGUCUUUCCACCAGGUUUGGUACAGUAGCUGUUCCGAACAUUCUCCUGUUCCAAGGUGUAAAGCCAAUGGCCAGGUUUAAUCAUACAGAUAGAACACUUUCAACGUUGAGAGCAUUCAUUUUUAAUCAAACUGGCAUAGAAGCAAAUGAUACUGUUGAAGUGAUAGAACAAGAUCUAAGUGGACCACUUCCCAGUGUUGCAGUGAGGGGCAUUGACUGGCUGCUUGUCUUCUCUGUGGUGUUCGUCUGUGGUUUUUUAGUUUAUGGUACAGUGCAGUCAGAUAGUAUCAAGUGGUUAAUAACAGGACAAGAGCAUGAACAUCAAGAUUGAACUCUCUCUGUUGAUCAUUACCCAACACAGUGAGCAACUUCACAAGAACAUGAAUGACACUGGUAAUACUUAAAUGUGUCAGCUUUGUAAUUAACAAAAUUCCUCUUCCACAGAAUUUGAAUUGUGUAAAUAAAUAUUCAAAAGUUAAGACUGUUUUAUCAGUUAUGAAUAAAUAUGUCUUUCACAAACUUGGAA